AUGACAGACUCCCCACUACCGAGGAUCCCGCUGGACCCGAAAGAGCAGCCCAUCCUCGACAAGCUGCAGGCGAUACGCACGCAGCUCGAGUUGCUGAAACGCGACCGAUCGACAUAUGUUAGGAGCCAGGAUGUCCUCCAACUCUACGAUCAAGUCAUCGAACAGGUGAUGAUCCUUAACGAGAUUCGGGUAACGAAGCGCCUCGAACAGAACAAGGUCGAUUACAUGCUAGACGAUUGUUUUCAGCUUAUAUCACUGGCAUACAUGACAAUAGGGAAGAACCAUGAGCCGCCAGCUGUCUACUCUUACGUCUCCACAGCAAAGCGACUGCUGGAUCAUCUCAAGGAAGCAAUGUUCUACUCGCCCAAGGAUCUGGACGGUAUUGGUGGCCACCUGAAAGAGUGUCGGCGCUAUGUUGACAGGGGCUCGGAGGAGUAUAGCCCUCAUCUCUUGACUUUGCUCGACGCUCGCAUCAAGGUGUGCGAAGAGACAAUAGCAGCACUGCGACUGAACCUAUCAGACCUAACGCCAGAGUUGACGCCGAAAUGGGACAAACUCGUGUCCUUGCUUCGUUCGUUGGCAGGCUGUAACGCAAGGUCGAAAUUCCCCAACGAAGAGGUUGAUGCGUAUGCGAAGGAGCUUUACGAACUUGAAGAAGAACUUAGGAAGGACGGAAUUGUGGCGUAUGAGAGCACUGGUUCGACGGAGGACAAGCUCAUUGAGAUGGCCAAGAAGAUGCAGUUAAAUGACGCACAAUCAGAAACGCCACCAACAGCCACAACAUUGAUUUCGCAACUCCUUCGAAGAAACCUUCUGUGGGUAGCUUUGAUCAAGGAAAAGCAAGGGCGAAUCAAUCCUGCUUUCCAAGACGUGUACGAUAAGCUUCUGUCCAUCCGAAACAAGCUGGAGAAGCUCUCGCUCACACAAGCAUGGUCUUUACGCGAAACGGACCUUUGGGACUUUCAGCGGCAAUUGGACCGUGUAGACGAAUCUCGAGUUGAUGGCAACUUCUUCGAUGCACUUGGCAGGCCCGCCGAAAUCUACGAACAGAGGACACUCCUCUAUCUUCUGCGCAAGAGCUACGCUAUCAUCUACCAACUGCUUCUGACUUCCGAGCCUGUUUCCGAAGCUCUUCUACCGAUUUACAACCAAUUGACGACCCUGAGAAAAUGCUUGCUUGAGGUCAAGAAGCUUGGCGGGGUCUCUUCGCCACGGGAGCUGUACCCAUACAGCAUGAAGCUCAACUCCAUUGACAACAUGCGCAUCGACGGAAAGUUCAUGGUCGGCGAUGAGAUCCCAGACGGGCAAGGGAGCGUUACCCAACUCUUGGAGGAGUGUUUCGAUCUGGCUUACGAACUGAGGAACGAUGCGGAGGACAGCAGCUCGGCAGAAGCAGAAGCAACGCCACAAAGCGAGACUCCCAGCGAGCCUGUUGUCGCGGAGUCAUGA